UCACCAUGAAGUUCAACCCCUUCGUGACCUCGGACCGCAGCAAGAACCGCAAACGCCACUUCAAUGCGCCCUCGCACGUGCGCAGGAAGAUCAUGUCGUCCCCGCUCUCCAAGGAGCUGCGGCAGAAGUAUAAUGUCCGCUCCAUGCCCAUCCGCAAGGACGACGAGGUCCAGGUGGUUCGAGGACACUACAAAGGUCAGCAAAUUGGCAAGGUAGUCCAGGUGUACAGAAAGAAGUAUGUCAUCUACAUCGAGAGGGUGCAGCGUGAGAAGGCUAAUGGUACCACUGUUCAUGUGGGCAUUCACCCGAGCAAGGUAGUUAUCACCAGGCUAAAAUUGGACAAAGAUCGGAAAAAAAUUCUGGAACGCAAAGCCAAAUCUCGCCAAGUUGGAAAAGAGAAAGGCAAAUACAAGGAAGAACUUAUUGAGAAAAUGCAGGAAUGAAUAUAACCUGUUGUGGAACCACAGUUUAACCGUAGAUUUCUAGCCUGGUGUGUGUUCUUGGGAAUUGUUUAAGAUGUCUCUGAAACAUUUCAUUUCCCUCUUGUUUUGUUACUGUUAAGUGGCUCUGUAAAUCUACCUUGCAAUUUUGAUUAAUAAUUUUAUGAAUAAACCUUGGAAUUGUUUCCUAAUGGCAAAUGGUGUUAGCAUUGUCUUGUAAAUAAAAUCCAUCUU